GCUUCGGGCGCCGCCUCCGGCCCGAAGCCCCGCGCCUCGGAGGUGCUGACGCGGCACCUGCUGCAGCGGCGCCUGCCGCACUGGACCUCCUUCUGCGUCCCCUACAGCGCCGUCCGCAACGACCAGUUCGGCCUCUCGCACUUCAACUGGCGCGUGCAGGGCGCCAACUACCACGUCUUGCGCACCGGCUGUUUCCCCUUCAUCAAGUACCACUGCUCCAAGGCCCCUUGGCAGGACCUGGCUGGGCAGAACCGGUUCUUCACGGUGCUCAAGGUCAUCAACCUCGGAAUUCCAACGUUAUUGUAUGGCCUUGGCUCCUGGCUAUUUGCAAGAGUCACAGAGACUGUGCAUACCAGUUAUGGACCAGUAACAGUUUAUUUUCUAAAUAAAGAAGAUGAAGGUGCCAUGUAUUGAAAAUUGUGCAUCAGAGAACAUAAAUAUCAGUGGAUUUUGUCUUGUGUAUAUGUGCAAUAUUUAUUUUCGAUCCUUUAAAAUAAAACUUUUGCAAACACCUUUUUUCUUUUCUAUGGUGUCUGGUUCUUUAAGAUGAAUCAUUGCCCUCAAGAGGCGAAGCUUUUCAUACAUUGUUAUAUAUUGCAUACUCUGUUUAGCUAAUGGGAACUACAAACACAUUAAGCUUCACACCAGUUUUUUUUUCCCUAGAGCUAGGUUAAACUACAGGUAAAAAAUGAUAACAUAUAUAGAUCCCAUACUUAGGCAUUAACAAUUUAAAUCAACUCCUUAAAGAGAAAAUAAGGACAAACAAAGAAGAUGGGGAAAAUUUUUUCAUAUAACUUUGGAAAAAGAAGUAGAGGAUACUAGGGUAUAUGGUAGAGAUAAUAUGUCACUGGCAAAUCCAAGAUUGAUGAGAAUCUAAUAGCAAUCUGAAAUCUAGACCAUUCAGCUGCCAGGAUUUUAAAUGGUUUUAAGUGAUUUAAAACCCUGUGCCAUUUACCUGGAUAAGAGGCCAGGUGUAAUAUUGAAACUUUUGUUGCUUAAAGAAUCAAAUACCAUACUACUACUAUUUUUUUUUUAAUGUAAUAAUAAUAACUCAGAGAUUAAAGGCAGCACGGUGAAUGAAAUUAAAAUGUAUUAAGUUAAAAUAGCAUGCUGAUAACGCUGUAAGAACAAUUAAGAUCUUCUAGAAAGACCCAAAAGGAAAAUUCAGUAACUUUGGAUGAGCAAUUAGCUGAAAUGGUACGUAUCCAUAAACUUACUGGGAAUGGGGACUGGGCUGAAAUUUCAGAGACCUGACAGCAGUUUUGUGUUAAGAUUUUAUUAAGUUAAUUGCAUUUUUGGAAGCAAAGUCAUUAAAAAAAUUUAUCCUUGGGUGUAGUUACAAAAUACCCAGAUGAAUGGUAAAUUUCAGAAAUUUGGAGUAAUUUAGGGAGAACUAAGUAGAGCUAUUUCUAAACCAAUGGGUGUUUAAGAUUUCUCUCUCCAUAAUUACAAACAUACGUUACAUGUCAUUUUAUGUUAAUGUGUUGCUGAUAUUCUGCAACAUUUACACAUUUUUGUAGUGAACAUUGUUACAAAAUUCAAUCUAACCAACAUUUGGGUGCGUGCUUCUAGCAAGUCAGUAGAGAGGGACUGGAAGUGACUGAAAUCACCAGAACAAGUCAUACAAACUGGUUUCAUUAAAGGUAGUCAUUUUAAAUGAGCUACAUAGAGUGAACUGUUUUUCAAAUAUAUGUAGUGUUCACUUGUCUAAAAGUAAUUCUAAAUAACACUUUAAUCAAAAAAGUACUUACACCAAUAUAUUUAGUCCAGAAGAAUAUACUUGACACUAGUUAAAUGAAUGGUUUACUCAAAGGAGAUAGUGUUACAUUAAGCUUCAUUAAUAAUAAAACUGACUAUUAGCAUUUUGCAAGGAAGGCUAGAACUGAUUUCCUCUGUAAUGGGGAAAGUUAAAUAACUAUAGCUCAUAAGUUUUAAGUCAAAUACUGCUCAUUCAUUGCUGCUGGUCUUGUCAAUACUUGCUGUAAAGGUUUGGUCCCAACACAAGGCUGAUAAAAUGGUUUUUAAUUACCAGACUAUACAGCUUUUCAGUAGAGUUGCUCCCCUUUUCACACUGGCCUGUUUGAUUUCUGAUAAUUUGUGCUGCUGACUCUGCUUACCUGUUUUUCAAUAGCAACAGUCAGUGUGACUUCUUGUCCAUACAGUGAGAGUUAAAUCUCCUUGGAGAACAUCUUUGACAAACUACCCUAUUGAUCUCUGUAAUUCUCUGCUGCUUGCAGCAUUAAAUAGAGCCUUGAUUUCUUGUCUGAUGUGCUGUGUAACAAUUAAGCAAAUGUAAUAUUUUCUUGUAUUACAUGAAAAUCAAUAGACCUCUUGCUCUCAUGAAGUUGAUCAUGGUGAAGGAUGAACUCAACGAUGGCUAAGGGCAUGGUUCAAAUAUUAAAAUAUCAUUCACUGGAUUUUUUAAGGUUUGUGGUGAACCUUUUAGUCUGAAAAAUGCUCUCCACUGAACAGUAAUGGUUUAAGUUUUUUUCUUUAAAGUUGGAUAUUACAUCCAAGCAUUGU